AUGCCUACUUAUACAAUCACACGUGAGUUCUCCGAAAGUUAUAGCGAUUUUUAGAAUAAUGAACAUGUUUGCAGACAAAAUCAAAAAAGGAGACGUCGUUUGGGUGAAAUUUCGGAAAGAUCCGCUCUGGCCGGCGCUGGUAGGCGAAAUUUUGAUUUUUUAAGGGACCAGGAAAUCCUCCUAAAUUGCCUCUUGUUGCCACACGCACUGUCCGAGUCCUAACUCUCAGAAAUGUCUAUAAACGGAACAGCGCGCAGUGCAAGGUUGUCAUAUUACCAGAAGGGAAGAGUUUUUUCACACCUGAGUUUUCUAGGCCACGGCCACGACUUUAACUGCGCGAUGUUCUGCUCGGUUGAUUUAAUAUUGUGAACAUCCUUUUUAAAAAGGUAAUAAUAUUUGCAGGUGCUGAGUGUGUACCCCAAAAAGAUCAGCUACAUGUUCUUUCCGGUACCGGAAACGCGUGAACGCACAAAACAUAACGUGUUCGGUUGCCAGAUAGACGUACGUUUUUCGAAAAUAUUUUCUCGCUUCCUAAUUGAGAUAAUUAAUUUUGCAGCACGUGUCGGCGUUCGACAGCUCGGAACCGGAGCCGGAAGAGGCGGAUGCGCCAUUGGCGGAGGCGUUUUACGCGGCAAAAGACCAUUUGAUUCGCGAGGAGAGGACACGUGGAUCGGAGAUUGAGACACGUGGCGAACGCGCGAAACGACUCGAAAAGGAGGAGAAAACGGCGGGCAAACGGAGGAGUGAAACGAGGAAAAACGAGGAAUCCGCCGGCGAACCGGGUAGGCGUAGUAUCAGGCCGAGCGUUUUGUGCAAAGCGCAGUUUUUAAAUCAAUGUUUCAGUGGUCAAAAAGGCUGCUCCGACCGCCGCCAGCUCGACGGUCAGUUCGAGCGGCUCCCAACCGCAAGCCACUGCUCUCAGGCAACAAUCGAACGAAUUCAUGAGUUUGGUCAGUUCAGCUGAUAGGGAUUGUUUUUUUUUUAACCCCCUGCUUCCACUUUAUGAAGUGAAGCUUCAAUAAUUCCACCUUUUCGAAAAUUAUUUCUUGUUCAAAUAUUCAAAAGGGUAGAUACAUACUUUUUACAGUGCGAGAUUUGCAAACACCUUGAAAAAAUGUUUUCGUUUAGAUCACCGGCCGCCUGGACACUCUGAUCUCGGAAAUAUGGGAAAGUGAGGAAGUGGCCGAGUGCCAGAAACAGAAAAUCGGCGAGAAAAUGACGGUGAAAUUGAGGAAUAAUCAAUUUCUGACUGGUGAGUUUUUCUUUUUUUGAAAAGAAUCUUAUCCUACAGAUGAAAAAUCGCACAAUUAGGGAUGUAUUAAUUUUUAGAUAAACUUGGAAGCUGUAAAAAAAUUUGAACGAUUUUUAAAAAGUUAGCUCGGACCGCGCGCAGCGGGCCCAGUUUUAGAGUGUCUUGUUUUAUUGAACAAGAUACAUUAUUCAUUUCCAGAAUCGGACUACGAGUCGUUGUUCGAACGAGUCGUGUGCCACAUCCGCGCUCAACAUCGUUCCCUUUCGCUCAUCGCCGCCGUCAACGUGGCCGCCACGUGUAUUCUGCCCCAUAUCCUCAUUUCCACGUAUGCCACGUGGAAAAAAGUCGACGAGACGAGCGCGAAAGACGCGUUUUACCGCGAGAACACGAGAAUUACAGGGUACGCGUCUAAAUAAAAUAUAUAUUCCAGUGAAUUUUUUUUUGCAGAUUGGACCCGUCGAUGAGCAUCCCGGUGACCGGAAAUCUCGAGCAACUGUGUCUAUUGGCGUGUGAGGAACAAGAGAAAGCGAGUCGCCAAAAAUAA